AUGAGGAUCUUGUGGAUCCUCUUGGGACCGCUGCUUGUAGCGGCAUCUGAACACAACGGACAAGGUCUUCGAAAUUACUACACUGGAAAGGUUUCUGUCGGAUUCGAGAACUUUGAUGAUGAUCAGCCCCAACUGAUCCCAUAUGCCGGUGAAGGAGUCGAGGGGGCGCCAGAGACGGAUGAUUCAAAAAUCCUUGAGUAUGGAACUCCAGUGGUGCAUCCGAGGAAGCACCAGAGAAACUCUCGGGAAUUAAAAAGAACGAGUGAAGAGAAAAGGACUCGUCCACGGAAUCCAAAACCGACAAGGCCGCCUCCAUUGACAACAACGACAACAACGACGGAAGCUCCACCGUUUCCGGUCGAAGAGUUCGCAACUGAUGGCCGAGCUCCUCCAGCCCCAAAUGAAAUCCCGCCCGAGUUGAGAGCCGCAUUUGGAUCAUUCGGAAUUGGUGGUGGAGGAGAUCGACCAAUAUUUGAGACUAAAGAGGCUAGUGUUGAGGCGACAACGGAAGAGCCGAUCACCACAACAAGCAGUGAGAUGAGGAUUAAGAAGCAAAGGAGAAAGCACAGGAAGUACCAAAUGAGUAAUACCGUCAAGCCGGUGGUGAUCAGUGUGACGACAGCUCCUCGCGAAAUUCCACCCGAGUUACGUCAAGUCUUCGGAAUCGAGAAACCAGACAUUGAAAAAUCCCUGGAAAAGUCACGAGAGCUCUUCGACGAUCAUUUCGAACAAAACAAGCGACUCAUCGUCGAGAAAGAGUAUAUGAAAUCUGCUUCAGCUGAGGACAAGAAAGAGAAAGAUGAGAGUGAUAUUGCUGACCAAAUCGAAAAAGAACUUGCUCAGAAGAAACGAAGGAGAAAGUACAAAAAGUUGAGAAGCACAACGACAAUGGCCACGACAAUGGAAGCAAGUGUUUCAGGAGAGGACGAGGAAUGGAGAGAAGUGUCAAAUGAAGAGGUGGAAAUGAGGCGCCAGGUUGAGGAGGAGAUCGUUAAACAAGCAGAAAGGGAAAAAGCUGAUGCUCGGCGAUUGAAGGCAAUGGAAGAUGAGCGGGUUCGGCUCGUCGAGCAAAAGGCAGAGUUGGAGAAAGAGCAAGCUGCUAGAGAAAAAGCGAAAGAAAAACGGUUGAAAGCAAUGGAAGAGGCUCGAAUUCUCUUGGAAAAGGAGAGAAAAGCUGAACGAGAGCGGCAACAAGCUGAAAAGGCAAAAGAAAGAGAGCGUAUCCGAUUAGCGAACGAGGAGAAAGAACGGGAGAGAUUGGAAGCGGAAAGGGAAAAAGAAGAAGCCAAACGAUUGAAAGAAAUCGAAGACGAAAGGGAGCGUCAAGUGAACGAGAAAAAGGCCGAGCUGGAACGUCUCCAAGAGGCGAUCCGACAAAAGAAAGAAGAACUCAAAGCACAAGAAAGAAUUGAGAAAAAUCUAUCAAUGAAAGAAGAUGAGAAGAGUGAACAAGAGGAUGAGCAACAAAAUGAUGCUGAUGAUGUAAAGAGUAAAGCUUUGUUGAAGAAACGGAAAGGGCCAGGAAGAGGAGGGCAAAAGAAGAUGCGGUCAAAGGGAGAGCAAAGACAACAGCUCCCACCAAUCCCCGACUCAAUGCGAGUUCCCGAGACGCCGAUGAACCACGUCGAGGUUGAGCCACCACAAUUCCAAAGACCACAACCGCUUCCCCAAGUUGAGGAGGAAGAGUCGUUUGCCGACAAGAUUUUGAGCCGAGCACCAAACUUUGCCACAAAAAUCACUCCUCAUAAGGACAGUGGAGAGAAAACGAAAAUUCACGGCCUAAACACUUACAAUCCGAUGAUGGAGCCGGAGAAAGAGGAGACCGAGAAGCAGACCGGAUUCGCAACACUGAAGGUAUUCCCAGUGAAUGAAGAAGAAAUCACCGAGGUUGAUCCAAACGAAGCGACUUUCAAGGGAUCUUGGGAGACCACCACCCAAUCAACCACAAGAGUCACGAAAGCAAAGAAAUCAAAUAAACCAAGAAAGGAAAAGAAAUGGUCACAGGAAACGGCCAGGGAAUAUUAUGAACAAUAUUAUCGAGAAUGGGCGGCGAAUCAGACAAAAACUGUCACGGACAGCUCCGAGGAGACAACCACUUUGCAAUCGAUUUUGUUGCGGGGAUUGAAACAAAGGCCACGAAUGAUGCCAAAUGGAGAAGAGGCAGCUCCGCCAACACCUGUACCAAGGGAUUUCGAUACAGGUGCUAAGCCUGUCCCGUUGAUGACCGCUAUGUACGGAGCGAUCCCCUCUGGGCCACAAGUUCUUCAAGGGCCACUACCAGCCCAUCAAUCAACAAUGCCAAUCAGUAGACCGAUUGCUUCAAAUCAACCUGUUGCACCAAGUCAACCAUCCCAAUCAUCCCAAUCAGUGCCAUUGAAGAAUCUACAAUUGCCGUCUUCAUUUGGAGGACUUGGAGGAGCCACGAAUCCCUUCCAAGCAAUGAUGGGGCUCGGCGGUGGAAUGGGUGGAAUGGGUGCAUUGAGUGGGCUAGUCCCACCUGGACUCCCCGCAACAAAAGGAAAUAUGUUUGGAAUCACCGAUCCAAGAGGCGGAGGACACGGCGAUCUCACAUACCAGCAGCUUAACCAAUUGUGUCUCUCAAUCAAAGGCGUUUCGAGAGCUUUCGCAAUUGAUGACAUGAAAGGAUUCGCUCGGACAAACUGUGGCCUCAUUGCCAGCUUCUAUAAUGACGCCUCUUGUGACCAAAUUCAGCACGUCAUGGACUACUGUGAGGCCUACUUCAAAGACCCAGAACACAAAGGA